GGCUUUUCUAGUUUCAUCUGAUUGGAAACAUUCGAAGAGCCGACACACAAAAGCAACAGAGAGAGAGAGAGAGACCAAAGCCAUGGGUCUAGAGGAAGCUGGAGAUUUGGUUCUCCACAUCAUCCUGUCCAAAAUCGGUCCUGAGAACACAGCGAGAGUGGCUUGCGUCAGCAAACGCCUCAAGGUCUCCGCCUCCGAGGACUCCCUCUGGUCAAUCUUCUGUUCCCUUGAUCUCAACAUCUCUACUCCUCUUGAUCCCCAUGGAGACCCUUCUCCUUCCUUCAAGAUGGCAUACCAGUCAUGGAGGGAGUCCUUUAUAAUGUAUCCAUGGCACCUCGUCAAACGCGUUAGCCAUUGUUGGGACAACCUCAAACUAUGGUUGAGCCUAAACUUCCCUGAAGCAGAGGCAACACUGAGAAAAGGAGCCACAGAGGAGGAUCUUGAAGAGUUUGAGUCUGCUCUCAAGGUCAAACUUCCUCUCCCCACAAGGCUUCUCUACCGUUUCGUCGACGGCCAAGAGCCGCCGCCUCCUUCCUCCUCCCCCUCCAGUGGUCUUGAUGGGUCUCUAGGCCUUAUUGGUGGUUACUCUGUGUACUCUCAUGAUGUUAAUGUCUACUUGCUACCUCUCAAGGAAGUUAUAAGGGAGACCAAUGAGACAAUGAGUGAUCUCGGUGUCUCCAACGGAUCGAACUUUAUCGCUGUGGCUGCAUCCGCUACGGCUAGUUUGAAAAUGUUUUUCCUUGACUGCAGUGACGGGCAGCUUUAUACUAGGACAAGUACACGCCAAAUGCUUCCAUGUGUGCCUGAGAUCAACGGUGAUCAGCAGCAGGAUGGUAUGCUGCGUUGGUUGGAAGAACAUGGCAGGAGGUUACAGAGCGGUGUUAUAAAAGUCCGUGAGGAGGAUAACAUCAAGAGUAUCAGUUUGUUCCCGGAGGUUCCUCCCUUGUGUUCUGUCGCUGUAACGAACGGUGUGCAGGUGCGUGCCUCGUCUGUGUUUAUCCCUGAAGUAUCUAAUCUUCGUGCUCAGCCACCGGCUUACUGGUAUGCUUACUCCAUCCGCAUGUCUCUCGUCCCAGAAGGAUGCUUCUUGAACGGGAGACAUCAUAGCUCUUGUCAAUUGUAUUGGAGGCAUUGGAUUAUCCGAGCUGAUGAUGAGGUGAUAGAUAAAGUCAAUGGAGAAGCUGUGAUAGGAAAGUACCCUCUCUUACAAGCCGAGGAAGAAGAGUUUGUGUAUGAGAGUUGUUCAAAUUUUCCAACAACUAGUGGAUCCAUUGAAGGAUCUUUCACCUUUAUACCUGGAAGUUUGAAGGAUCCAAAAGGGAGUCAAUUCGAAGUCAAAGUCGAAGAGUUUCCUCUGAAGUUACCGGACUACAUCUUCUAAACUCAUCUGCCUCCCUCAAGGCUUGUUACGGUUUCAAGAUAAUGCGUUGUUAUGUCAGGUUUUAUUGUUCAUGCAGUGUGCAAUGUACUUGAAAGUUGUGUUUUGAACAGACAAGUUCAUGACAAGAGAUUAUUCCAUAAAUAACAGUUGAAGUUUUUUUUU